CUCAUCUCAUCAUCAUAAUAAUCGUUUCAAUAUUACAUUCUAACCUCUCACUAGAAUUUUAAUUUUAAAAUCAACUAAAAUUAGGUAGGUACGCAAUGUUCAACGAAAAGGUGGUACUUAUAACUGGUGCUAGUUCAGGAAUUGGUGCUGCUACUGCUCCGGAAUUCGCUAAGCUAGGAGCUUCUUUAGUUUUAACGGGAAGAAAUAAGGAAAAUUUGGAUGAAGUAAGCAAACAGUGUGAAAAUUUAUCACCAAGGAAAUUAAAACCGCUCGUUGUAAUUGGUGAUAUAAAUAAUGAAAGUGACGUAGAAAAUAUUAUUAAACAGACAUUGGAUCAUUAUUCUCGUCUUGACGUUUUGGUAAACAAUGCAGGGAUAUUGGAAUCUGGUUCAAUAGAAACUACUUCGCUAGCUCAAUAUGACAGAGUUAUGAAUACAAAUGUGCGCGGGCCGUAUCAAUUGACGAUGCUAGCAGCGCCACACUUAGUAAAAACUAGAGGCAAUAUUGUUAAUGUAUCUAGCGUAACUGGCUUGAGAUCAUUCCCUAACGUUUUGGCAUAUUGCAUGUCCAAAUCCGCAUUAGAUCAGUUCACUAGGUGCGUAUCUCUUGAAUUGGCAUCUAAAGGUGUAAGGGUCAACGCAGUUAAUCCAGGCGUGAUUGAUACUGGUAUACAUAUGAAGUCAACUAUGAAUGAGCAGCAAUAUCAGGAAUUUUUGAUAAAGUGUAAAGAAACUCAUGCCAUUGGACGAGCUGGAAGCGCUAAGGAGGUUGCAUCUGUUAUUGUAUUCUUAGCUGACGACAGACUCGCAAGCAAUAUCACUGGGGCCACCAUUCCAGUUGAUGGUGGACGUCAUGCAAUGUGUCCACGAUGAUAUAAAUUAAAAACUUAUCUUACGUUUCU